AACGUCCCACGGAGGGAGCCAGACCUCCCUGCCCUCAGAGCCGCUGGGGUCCGAGGGGGAGCUGUGACCCUGAGGGGACGGGCGCCUGCAUUUUUUUGGGUGUUGUGUCGAGUUAUGUCUUAUAGUGGCAAGUUGCUGCUGCAGAAUAAAUCACCUCAUCGUGACAAAGGUGAAGUUUCUUUGGAGAAGAAAAGCCUUAAGAUGGCAGGCAAAGGAAGUAAAACAGCAGACUGCAUGUCCUGCAGUGUGCUGAACUGGGAGCAGGUCAGCCGUCUGCAUGAGGUUCUUACAGAGGUGGUUCCAAUCCAUGGACGAGGUAACUUCCCAACACUGAAGAUAACUCUGAAGGACAUUGUUCAGACAGUUCGGAGUAGGCUGAGUGAAGCAGGCAUUGUGGUGCGUGAUGCCCGUCUGAAUGGCUCUGCAGCUGGUCAUGUCCUGGUCAAAGAUAAUGGGCUGGGAUGCAAAGACCUGGAUCUCAUUUUUCAAGUUUCUCUUCCAAGUGAGGCAGAGUUUCAGUUAGUUCGAGAUGUGGUCUUGCGAUCCCUCUUGAAUUUCUUGCCAGAAGGAGUAAGCAAGCUAAAAAUCAGUCCCGUAACACUGAAGGAAGCCUACAUCCAGAAGCUAGUGAAAGUGUACACGGGGACUGACCGUUGGAGCUUGAUAUCACUUUCCAACAAGCAUGGCAGAAAUGUGGAGCUGAAGUUUGUAGACUGUAUACGACGGCAGUUUGAGUUCAGUGUGGACUCAUUCCAAAUCAUACUGGACUCCCUGCUCUUUUACUACGACUACUCGGAAACUCCCAUGUCAGAGCACUUCCAUCCAACUGUGAUCGGGGAAAGUAUGUAUGGAGAUUUUGAAGCAGCUUUUGACCACCUCCAGAACAAACUGAUAGCUACCAAAAAUCCUGAAGAGAUCCGAGGUGGUGGGCUUCUGAAGUACAGUAACCUCUUAGUACGAGACUUCAAGCCCAUGGAUAAGGAUGAGAUAAAAACCUUAGAGCGCUACAUGUGCUCUCGAUUCUUCAUAGACUUCCCAGACAUCCUGGAUCAGCAGCGCAAGCUAGAGACCUACCUCCAGAACCACUUCUCCAAAGAAGAGAGGAGCAAAUAUGACUACCUCAUGAUUCUGCGCAGGGUGGUGAAUGAGAGCACAGUCUGUCUCAUGGGGCAUGAGCGAAGGCAAACUCUCAACUUGAUUUCUCUGCUGGCACUCAAAGUGCUGGCAGAGCAAAACGUCAUCCCUAAUGCCACUAAUGUCACGUGUUACUACCAGCCAGCACCUUAUGUUAGUGAUGUAAACUUCAGCAACUACUAUCUUGCAAGUGCUCCUGUGCUGUACAGCCAGUCCUACCCCACCUGGUUGCCUUGCAAUUGAUGGCUUCACUCAAGUGUUUCUGAAUGGAGGCUACUGAUUGCCAAGAUGCUGAGUGUGUGUAUAUAUAGAUAAGUAAGAACUGCCAGUUGGAUGUUUUCUACUGGAAGCAUGACUGCAUUGAACUGUCCAUUUCUGGUGUGCAGUGGGAUUAUGCAACCAGACGACCUGCUAUGAAACUUUCAGUGUGUCUCUACAAAUGCCAAGAAGCCUUAUUACCUCUUCACUGGGAGAAGAGAACCAGCAGCCAAAUGUUAAGAGGAAUUGUUAAGAAACUUUGUACUAGUUCUGGAAGCGGCUAUUAAGAUGUGAUUUCAGUGGAAUAUCCAGUAAACUGGGUUAGUUAAUAAAUGCCUUGUGCAGAAGCUGCACCUAGAGUAGCAGCAAAACUCUGCUUUCUAUUGCAUAACCUCAUUAUUCUUCUUCAGUUCAAGUUCUGGCCAGACUUCUAUUGAAGGAAUAGACUAAACUAAAAGAAUGGGUGCGUGUCAUGCUUGGGUUGCUUUUACUUUCUGGCUGUGUGGAGGUGGUAACAGUAUGGGUACCUGUCUGUCUUGUAGAGGGCCUAAAUGUUGUUUCCUGUAGUAUCCAUAGAUAUGUGAUCUUGCCUCAAAAUCAAGACUAAUUUCUUGGCAGUUGAAGAUGGAUUCCGUAGCCUGUCUCUAAAGCAUAAGCUGGCUAAAUUUUUCUUGAGUACAAAAAUUUUGGAGGUGGCAUCUCUAAACAUGCACCAAAACACAAUCUAAAACUUGGCAAUGCAAAAAGUCCUUGAAAUUAUGAAUUGAAGCUUUAAAUAGAGUUGAAACCGCAGUUUGAAUAUUUAUGAUGGAAAAAUACUCUUGAGUCCAGGAUCAAGCUAAAGCCUUUCUGAUUGUAUCCUUCAAAACAGUUUUUAGCACAGUUGGAAAGUAACACAGCUCUUAUACUGAGUUUGGCCCAAUUUUCUUCUUCACAGAUCCACAGCAAAAAACAAACAACAACAAAAACAAAACCUCAAAAAACCCCAACCAAAACAAAACCCAGCAAAAAAAUCACCCCAACCCCAAAACACUGUGAGCUGCAGGGUUAUGUGCAUUCCUGCCACAGUAUGAAUUCCAAAAGUGCCUCCUAAAAUGAAUUUCUUACUGUGCAACUUCAGGCAGGUCCUGAAGGCUUGUCUUUCUGUCACCACUUAAAGUUUAUCACUAUCAACUGGUCACUGCAUGAGAUGGUAUUUUGAGCAGUUAGAGUAAGAUUUUUCCUUUUUGCUGGUCUUAACCCUCACUUGAAGAGAUUGUCUAUAAACCCUGAGUAGAGCUCUCCACGGAAGCUGUAUGUGUUGAAAUUCUGGGCCUGUUUUCAGAGUAGCCUCUGGAAGAGUAUGCACUCCCUUGGAGGGGUAGGGAGCUGACCUUCCUGAAGGGUAUGUGCUGAACUUGCUGCUUUGAGACUCCUGUGCUUUAUAAAGAAGCUAAAAAUUCCCCAGUUAUUUAUAUAGUGGUGUUAGAAACUGGUGUAUUAACUGGACGAUUUUCACUGAAUUACAAUAGUAAAAUUCAUGUAGCAAAUGACCUUGAGUUUCCCUUUCUUAACCGGAGAGGUAGACUAGAACGGCAAGUCUUAGAGCUAUUUACUGGUGCAAUGUUCAAGAAUGCUUGCUUGCUGAAUCUUUAUUACCUCUAGCUGUUUCUGCAUGCUUGUGAGACCAAAGUGCCUGAUCAGACAAUUUAUUUAAGCUUAAAAGGUAAAGCAGAAAGAAGCACCAAUGUUGGGUUGCUGUUCAAGGUGGAAACAGCAGCAGUGCAGCACUUAAAUGGCUGUAAAAACUGCUUGUUCAUCAUAAGACCAAAAACUUCUAUUUACAUUGCAAGUUCUCUCUUUUCAUAACUACUUCAUAAACACAGCCUCAAUAGAGCAGCGAGGCUACUCUUGUGUUCAGACUUUCAUCUAGGUUAGGAAGGCAGGGAGGGAUGCAAUCUACAAAGCAGACUAUAUGUAGCCAAGAAGGCUUUAGCUUAAUUUUUUGAGUGGUUUUGUAAGCAACUUCAGUAGCAAAUGUACAAAUAAUUUGGUGAAUUAUAUUGUGGCUUUUUUCAUUAAAGGUUUCCCCAUUAGUCAGCCAAAGAAGCUAAACUUGAAAGCAAACCCAGUCUUGGACUUGAUGUAGUUUGCAGACAAGAUAUCUCUCACCCAAGACUUUGACUUUUUAAAAACUAACACGAUGCCAGUGUUGUCAUGUGUGUUAAACGUGGUGCAAGCUUACUGCUGGAAUGCAGUCCUAGCAAGAAUAACUUCUGCAUGCAAAGCAAUACUUGGUCUAGUAUAGAGUGUCACUAGAAAGAAGAUUUAAGGGUUUGUAAUUGCUGCUGUCUCUUGUGUAGAUGUUUUUAAAGCUAGCCUAUGCUAUAGCCAUUGCAGAAGUAAAUCAUUGUCUGGAGAGAUGUUUGAUUUGCAUAUCAGAUAAUUUAGGCUUAAGUAUCUAUCUUGUGGGAUCUCAUCUUUAGAAACUGUUUCUGUGCAUCAGCUCAUGUGGGACAAGCGGUGAGAUGCUAAGGAAGAGUCCUACCAAGCUGGAAACACAGACUUAUGUUUUACUGAUCUCUGAAAGCCUUGGCUGCUGAACAUCAAGCCAGGUGCCUCUCCUAGAAAAGGAAAUGCUAUAAAAAAAGGCUGUAAUGGAUUCCUAGUGAGACAGAGCUAUGGAGAAGUUAAGCUUCCUGCCACUGUGCUUUUGGUAACGUAACCUGAUGCCGAGGCCUCUAAGGAAACUUCACAUUGAGUGGCUGCCCUCUAAACAGCUGAAUGCCUGGGCCUAAGCUUUGCAGGACCUCAGUGUUCCCUGUCUGUUUCUUAAGAUGCUUUGGCACAUUAGAAAUACUGAUGGCUGGCUGUUAGCUGUUAAACUCUUGAAUGGUUAAAUUGUAUCCUGAUGCUGCACACUACCUAUUGCAUUGGCACUAGAGUACAAAGGAUUGCUGGAACGGUCUCAUUGCCUUCGAAAUAAUCCUGGCUCGGCAGGUAAUGCUGGUGUACUCAGUAGCUCUUCAUCACUGUGUUGCAGGCAGUCUACCCCUUUCUGUUUCAGGUUGCCCUAGUGGCUUGAUGGUGCAUGUGGCAGUGGCUUAGUUUGCUGUGCAUUAGCUUGUUUGGGUUCAGGUUUAUGGUCACUCCUGUAGCAAGGGUAACUUGACAACGAGCACUGGGUAAAUGAUGACCUCAGUCAUGACAGUCUAGGCUGCGUGCUUGAUUCAGUCACCCUUUAGCACUUAAUGACACCUCUGCAAACCUGUUCUAACCACUUUUGCCCCCUUUGUGCAUGAAGUGGAGGUUAGAGAAAGACUACUAUACUUCAGACUAUUACCUUGAUACAUUCCCUCUGGGCACUGUCAUUAAAACAAAGCUGCAGUAACAUUAGGCUGCAAGUCUUGUUUCAGUGCAUCAUUCCUCAGGACUAGGCUUCUAAACUAGAUUGUGGUAUAAAAAAGCUGUCUUUCUUUGCACAGCUUAUAAGCACUACUGGACAAAGCCAGUUUGAGGUUUAAGCAUCUGUUCUCAGCACUUGUUGUCAAGUUCCCUUUGACUUGCAGUUUAUUUGUGUGACUUUCUCACUGUAAGAUAGACUUGUUUAUUUUAUAGAGAUGCUAUCAAGGAGACCUAGUAGUAGACUGGGUCUUCGUCACUUUAAGAUCCCUGUGCUGAUCCAUGGUCACUCUGACAAGUUGUAAGGUAAAACAUACUUUCUGCUCCCUCAGCUCAAGAUUUAGUUGUUCCUGUGAUUAUAGUCAGCUAGUUCAGUCAAUCAGGAAGCUGGAGGUUGCAGACUACUGCUUGCUUCUGAAUAACCAUUUUUCAAAAGAUCCUUGUGCUUUAACAUUAAUCAUCUCUUCUACAAAGCAGUAGGUAGUAUUUAAAUCUAUUCCAAAUUCCCAGCGUUUUCACUGAAACUGAAAACACGUAUUUUGGACUUGAGCUGAGAGGUUAAGCAUUUGGUAUGUUUUGUGCCUAGGCUCUGUGGGUUUCUGAUUGCUAGAAUAACCAUUGAUGUUGGUAGUGAUCUCUGCUUAUCACUGCAUGAGUAGUUGGGAAAAGGCCUCUUAGAAGAGAACCUGGGCAAACUUCUUUAAUUUUACGCUGUCAUGGUACUGAUGGUACUUGUUUCCUAUCCCUCUCACUCAACUAAGUCACUGAGUGCCAUAAUUGAAAGGCACAGGAAUAAGCAGUAAACUGACCACAGUCACUGGCAGCCUGGUCUAAUAUGGGUGUUGGGAGAGCAAAAUGAGUAGGAAAACUUCUAGCCAUUCUGUCUAAGUCUUGCUUAACAUGGUUAAAUGUACUUCAUAUAUGUUCUUUAAUUUCAGUGAAACUAGAGAUAAGGUGGAAUGCUGGGCUAUAGCUGUAGAAAUCUUGGGAAUGGUUGGAGCAUUCUGUUUUUUCUCACUUGUAUUGGAAGAGACUGCCACUCACUGAAGUGUCUGGAUUGGGCUUGUCUCUCCGACUAAAAAUGCACUUUCUGUUGAAAUUUAGAAGGUCUUUUUCCUAUGUUUUUCUUACAUUUUUACUAUAAAAAGAAGUCAGCUCUUGGAAAAUCUGUCUCAUAUCUCUUUGGAAGGAGUAUUUUUUUUUUAAGCUGGCAAAACAAGAUAUGACAUACUUGGAUAAGCCCAAAUGUGAGAUUGGUCACAGUAACUUUGUCUACUGUUCUGCACUAUGGUGUUCACUUGUCACUCUUGGAAACUGGGUUUUUGACUUUAAUGAUGCUGAAAUUCUUGUGCAAAUAAACUUAUGCUAAACAU